GGGAUAGGGAAGUGGAGGGGGAUGGGAUAUGUACCCCUAGCAGCUGAUACCAGCUGAUCUAAAAAUAGUGCAGGUCUUAGUAGAUAGACUGCUAAAUAUUCUGAGGAGGCUACUUGCUUUCUCAGUAAACUUCAAAAGAACCAUAAACGUCCAGGAGCAUAUUAUCUCCCAAGAAUCAACAAAGUACCAACGAGAUGGCCAUGUUACCAAAAAACCUUCCCAGACCAGAGGAGUGUCAAGGAGCACAGACUCUAUGGUAUGACAAGAAGAAAUAUGUGGCCAUUAACUUCAUGGUGCAAAACCCCAAGGAUGUUGAGGUUGAUAUUCAGGAUACCUAUAUAGUUUUAAGUUGCAAAGACGUUGAUGACAACAACAUGUACAAUCACAUUUACUUCUACGACAAAGUAAUGAAAUUCGACUCUCAAGUGAAAAUCUAUGAUCGCAGUAUCCACAUCUUGAUCAGGAAGGUUAAAGAAAAUGUACCAUGGCCUCGUCUUCAGAAAGAUGCCAAUCUCAAGCCAAAUUGGAUGGCUGUAGACUUCGAAAACUGGAGAGACUGGGCGAACGAAGAGGAUGAGGGAAUGGCGGAGUACGAACAAUAUGUGGAAAUGAUUCAGGAUAUAGGGAGCAAGAAAGGAAAGCCACCUGCGAUGGAUGACCUUGAUGAUCUGAGUGAUUGAACAAUUCUGAAGAGAGCCUUUCUCUGCAUUGGACGUGGUGGCUGUGGAUUGAGCUAUCAAAGCCCUGUUGAUGGACUUUGUGUAUUUUGUGAUGAUAGUUUGCUAUGAAUUUGAUGCGAAUGAAUGCUGUGUAUUGCUAAAUGUGUUUUCACUGGUGAUGUUUUCUGUGUAAUUUAAAAUGUUUUAUUGAA